AUGUCAAUGCCGAUCUCAGGAAUGGGAAUGUCAGCCGGGAAAACAUUAUAUAGGGUAGGUCCUGAAAUGGAUCCUUGCGGUACUCCUGAUGUUACUGGACUCAUCGGGUUAACAUUUUACCUUAUCCUGGUAAAUUUAAUUGCAAACAGUUUAGGAACUGAAUUGGAUGACGCUAAUGCGAAAUGUAAGGAUCUGGACGCCUACGAUCGUUUCGCAUCCGAAUCUAAACCUAAAAGUUACUACGAAUGCAAUGCUCUCCACGUUGCUAAUUUGAUACCCUGCAAAUAUGAGCUAACAUUCGAUGCAGCGACAAAAAGUUGUACUUGGUCGAACGAUGUUUCCAAUACUGAUAAGCCUACGGACGAUAAUUGUGAAGGCACCCCAUCAUCAGGAACAGCUUGUGCUUCUGGAAAAGAAGUAUUUGAUGCAAUGAUUGAUAAAUGUGUUCCAUUGGGUACCUAUUACUGUGAAAAAAAUGAAAAAAUUCCGGAUUGCAGCGCUGAAGCAUUUAAGGACAAGUAUAUCGCCGAUAAAGGAAACUGCGGUGGCUAUUAUUAUUGCGAUAAGAACGGAAAGCGCUACAAAGGAGAAUGCCCCAAAGGGUACCUUUUCAAUCCAGCAGAUCAAGUAUGUGCUCAUGCAGAUGCUCUCAAGUGCAAAGAAGUCGUUGUUUCAACCGGCGAUAACUCCGUAGGCGAUGACUGGUCUCAGGUUUGUGGAAGUACCAAAAAUAGUUUUAUACCAGAUGACAGGCUGUGCAACGCCUAUAUCUAUUGCGAUGCAAAGGGUUCACCAAGGCAAGAUUUCUGCCCAUUCGGAACAUAUUUUGUAAACGGAAGCUGCGUUAAAACCGCACCAAGUACAUGUACUUGUGAAAUUUAUUUUGAAGAGGAUGAUACCGCAGGAACGGGAACUGUAGCGCAACAGGAUAAGAAACUUGUCUUCCUUUGGCUGGCCUUGGCAAUCGCAUUCGCUAAUAGUGAAACUACACAAGAAGAAUAUGAUGAGAGGUGUGCAGUCCUGAAUCCCUACGACCGUAUAAAAAAUGAUGACUACUGUCAAAAGUACAUUGAGUGCAAAAAGGACAAGACAGCGCUAAUAAAGGAUUGUCCUUUUGGUUUAGCUUAUGAUGAGGAUACAGCAAGCUGCAUCUGGAAAAGCGACGUGGAUGGUUGCGGAGGCGGGACGCCAAUUGCUGAUCCUGGAUGCGACGCGCCAAGUGGCGAGACCUGCACUGGCAGCUGGGAUUAUAUGCGCAACAAAUGCGUCGAAAAGGGUACAUACGUUUGUGAGGACGGUAAAUCUAUUCCGAAAUGUUCUGAUCCUGACCGCGAUUACACCGGGAAUUUCAUAGCCGAUAAAGAAAACUGUGCUGGAUACUUCUAUUGUGAUGAGAACAAUGUACGCUACAAAGGCACUUGCGAGAGUACAUAUUAUUUCGACCCUGAAACUCAAAUGUGCGAAUACAAGGACAAUCCUGGACUGAAAGAUUGUGAACCAGUUUUGAAGUCACCACCAUCAUCCUCUGAACCUAGCGACAUCGACUGGGACAAUGUGUGCGAAGGGAAGAAAAAUAAAUUCGUCGUGGACCCUAGACUCUGCAACGCCUACAUAUCUUGUAACGCGGAUGGGAAACCAACCCAAAACUUCUGCGUCGCAGGAAAGUACUUCAGCAAUGAAAGUUGUGUUACGACCAAACCCAGCACAUGCGCUUGUGAAACCUUCUUAAAGGCAGAUCCAACUGUCACUUAUGAAGAGUAUCUUCCACAUACGAAUGAGAAAAAGUUUUAUAUCUGUACCGAAGGUGACCGUAAAGUGCAUGAAUGUCAGGGAAAUUCAAAAUACGAUCCGAAGUCACAGAGUUGUGCAAUUUAAUAUCUUUUGCAAAAUAACAUUUGUUGUUGUUGGGCCGAAAUAUUAUGAUUAAAUAAAUAAAAUAAAUAGUUU